AUGGCCAUGGCCGCCACCUCCUCCGCUCUCCUCCUCCUCUCCCUCUUCUCGGCGGUCGUCCACUGCUCCGGCGCGCCGGCAGCGCCGCUGGACCAGCUGUGCGGGAGCCUGGGCAGCUUCUACGUCACGCCGGAGCUCUGCACCUCGGCGCUCUGCGGCGCCGACGCAUCCGCCUGCCGCUCCGCGCGCGGCACGCCGGAGCUGGCCGCGCUCGCCACCAGGCUGGUGGCGGCCAAUGCCACGGCGGCCAAGGCCAGCCUCGAGUCGGCGCUCGGCCUCGCCGCGGCGGACGCCGAGGCCACCAAGGGCAUGCGGUCGUGCCUGCAGCUGUACACGGGCGCCGUCCCGGCGCUGCGCUGGGCGGCGCGGGCCGUGGCGGCCGGGCGGUACCGCGGCGCGCGGGAGGUGCUCGACGCGGCGCAGUACGUCGCGUCAGGGUGCGCCGGCAUGGCCGGCGAGGCGGCGCUGCCCAGGGAGAACGACAGGUUCAGCUCCAUGGCCAUCGUCGCGCACGCCGUCGUCGCAUCCAUGUCCACCGCCUGA